AUGACAAAUGAAACAAGAACGGCACCUAGAGCCUCGCAAGAUGGAGAACCUGCACCCUACGGAGUCGAAUUGACAGUAGAAAAUGUAAGGUUUUUCGAAAUGGUCAACACAUUGUGCGCUGUAGAAAAUUACGAUCAGCUGCUGUUUUCUUUCGAGGCGCAACAGGGAUAUGAAAUCGACGAGAAGUUUCACAUACCUCCGGCCGACAUUUUGAUCGUCCUAAUGACGCUUUCAGUCAUUCCAGAUUAUGGAACAUCCAGAAUAAACGCCAGAAUCGACCCUUUCAAUGUCGGAAGAGCAUCUUUUGAUACGCGGAGUUUGAAGAUUCUUAAAGGGUUUGUCGAACUUUUGCAAGACAAAAAGGCUUCGAAGUGUCACAAUAUACAAUUGCUGCGCAGUCAAUUCUUCAUCGUUCUGGACCACAUUAACUGCAAUGGCUCUCAAACAUUUAUGCGUAACCAUGAGAGAGACCCACAAAAACGCCGAAAAACUAACUCUGGAGUUCGACUCGAAACGACAACUUUUGCAGAACGCGAAGUAUACUCUAAACCCGGAUUCAAAAACCUGUACUCUUCAUACGUUAGUACUUUAGAGCACAAACCAGAGAUUUUAAAAAACACCAUUUUGACUAGCAGGCUUUGCCAAGAAGGUGAGUUCUGGAAUUGCGUGGCCUGGGCGUUGCUUACCUCAGUCUCGGAGGACACGCAUCUUUACGAGCGAAGUAAACAGUGGAUUCAACUUCUAAGAAUAAUUUUCGACGUAUUUGAGCUACAACACGAUUAUUACAUUCAAUAUAAGGCCAGAUUUGAUAGCCAGUCCUUUGUGCUUAACAAGAAAGAUAGCCCCUUGGUUCGCCUUUUCGAAUCUCUAGAAUCGCGCGAUUUAAACACAGCGUUUUGCGAUAUACUUCUUAUUGGAUUCGAUUAUUCUAUAGCCGGAAAUUUUGUUGUACAUCCAGUCUAUCCCAAGGAAACGAAACGGCCAGAUUAUUAUGUACCGAGAAAUGCAAAAAGUAAAUCUUCCAAGUUUGCAGAAUCAAUUCAGUUCCGCCAUCGACUAUUAAGACUUUUCUUAUUAUCUCUCAGGCCAAUGUCAGAACAAAGCGAAGGUCAUAAUCAUGUGUUGCUGGACUCGACUUUUAGUUGCACUCUGGGGAGAUUUUUAAGCAAAAUUGAAGACCUUUGCCAAUUGAAACACUUUUUUUCUGUACGAGUACUGCCAUCAUCAGAUCAGAACUACAUGCAAAUCAUUGCUCAAGCUACUUUGCGUGAGAGUAUAGAAAUUUUCGGGCUUCAUGAAAGUAUAGCUUCUGUAGAAAAAUUGCGUAGCGGCGGAUCGAUACUGGAACCGUUGAUCGAGAUUUUUAGCUCAGGCUUCCCUCCGCUUGAUGAAGAUUGGGAAAAAUCUCGGGAGAGUUUUUACACGUCGCUUGAAAGAUGCGACAUCUGCUUGCUAGCAAUUCUAAGAAACUGGGAGAACGACAACGAGUUAAAGUCCUUGAAGGCUUGUAAAUCCUCGAAAAAGUUCAUCAAAUCUGUUAAGUUAAAUGACCAGAGACGGGAAGAGUUUGCUAUGAUUAUGAAAUGGGAAGAUUUGCCAAUCCCGCUUCUCUACACGCAUCUGAAAAAGUUAUAUCGUUGA